AGGCGCGUGUGGCUCAGAACGAGCAGGAGGGCAGUGAGUGGGGUUUAUCUCUCUGUCCUGGUUUGUUUCUGUUUCUUUCCUACGGACCAUUUCUGGAGGAACCGCUUCAACGCAAAGGCUGGAAGAUGGAGAUAGAGAGGGAAAUGAAGAAGGUGACUCUGGGUCACGAGUUUGGUGCUGGAGCAGCUUGUUUAAAAUGCAAGGAUAAAUGCGAGGGAUUUGAGCUGCACUUCUGGAGGAAGAUUUGUCGGAACUGUAAGUGUGGCCUUCCUGAGCAUGAUGUGUCGAUGAAUUCAGAGGAAAACAAGAAGGUUGGCAAGCUGUUUGAAGACACCAAGUACACGGGCCUCAUAGCCAAACUAAAGACUGAUGGCAUCCCCAGGUACCAGGGCAACAUGGUCACCAUCACUCUGCCAAGCCCUACCACCGCUCACACUGUGCCCCCUACUGCUUCCUCUACCAUCGUACCUCCUGCCACUCUGGCGGGAGCCGCACAGCCUGGUUUCACGCCUGCAGGAACCGCACCUACUGGCUCUCCAUCACCAGCUCAGUGGAAGCCACAAGUACAGCCCAAACAUGUCGUCGUCAGUCCAGUUAAGGCUACCAAAGUACCGGCCACUGCUAAUGCUACAGCAGCCAGCGUGGUUCCAGUUCCUCAGCAGGCCCCAAUGAAAUCAGUCACCUAUGAGUGGGCCCCUCCUGUGUCCAACAAGUAUCUGGCUGUGCGUUACAUCGAGCUGCUCCCACCUGAGAAGCGUCCGGUCGCCGGGACAGAGGGGGCUGCUUACCGCCGGCAGCAGAUGGAUCGUCAGCUGCCUGAACACGACCAGGACCCUUCAAAGUGCCACGAGCUGAGCCCUGCUGAGGUGAAGCAGAUGCAGCAGUAUGUGCGUAAAUGCAAGGAUGAGGCCUUGGGAGUCGGAGACGUCCUGCUGCCGGAGGACAUGGCUCAGAUCCAGGCAGGGGGACCAGGUGCCGGCGGUAAACUCGGAGGGUCUGCAUCUGGGCCUGGUGCUGGUGUUGGAGUGGCUGGAAUCUUACCAGGGGGUCAAGUUGGUGGAGCUAAUUCUGGCCCAGUUCUUGCGGGUUCUGGUGUUGGUGGAUUUGGACCUGCUGGAAGGGGAGCUGGACCAGGACCCACCUCAGGUUCUGGGACUGAUCAGUCUGCUGGUCUCAGACCAGCAGGAGGAGCCAUGGGUACUGCUACUGCCGGGUCAGUCGGACUUCCACAGAAGAACUUUUCAUGCCAUCACUGUAAGAAGCCUAUGCUGUUGGGAGAGCCGGCCGUUUAUGCUGAGCGGGCCGGCUACGACAAACUAUGGCACCCAGCAUGCUUUGUGUGCUGCACCUGUAGUGAACUACUGGUGGAUAUGAUUUACUUCUGGAAGAAGGGCAAGAUGUUCUGCGGACGGCACUAUGGAGAGAGCGAGAAGCCUCGAUGCUCUGGCUGUGAUGAGCUGAUCUUUAGUAACGAGUACACUCAAGCUGAGGGGCAGAACUGGCAUCUGAAACAUUUCUGCUGCUUUGACUGUGACUGCAUCCUGGCUGGAGAGACGUAUGUGAUGGAGAAGGACAAGCCCAUCUGUAAACCCUGCUACAUGAAAAACUAUGCUGCGGAAUGUGCUUCUUGCCAGAAGGCGGUGGAGCCUGAGGCUCAGAGAGUUUCCUACGGCGAGCACCACUGGCACGCAGUGCCAGAGUGCUUCAAGUGCUCCGGUUGCACCAAGUGCCUGAUUGGUCAGCGCUUCAUGGCGGUGAAGAACUGCCUCUUUUGCUCUGUGGAGUGCAAGAAGAAAGUCAUGGCUUAGGCAGCCAAUCCUGUUUGCCCCCCUCAGCAGAGGGAACAGGCAAUGACCGUGAUGGUUGUAAUCGUUUUAACAUACUAAUGUGCCUUUUCCCUUUAAUAUGGAAAGCUACUGUAACAGUGACUAUAAACUCAGCUUCUUCGGUUUAGAAUGACGGGUAGGGGCAUCUUUUUUUAAAGCCCUGCCCUUAUUAUGAUACAAUAUACAUAACCCUGAAGCGUAUGCUGUUUGUAUCACGUCAUCUCUUACCUUACCAUUCCACUGCCUCAGAGCAGUAAUAUGGUGGAAAGAAUUUAGACAACAAAAUGCAGAAAUAUAUUUUGGAUCUGAAUAUUGUUGCACUGAAUGAGAAUCAAAUUGCACAUGUAAUUAUUUUUCUGUAGCAUCUUGCACGUUUUGAUGGUGCAUCUUGGUUUACAAAAACUUAAUUUGGAAAGGUUUUCAAACCUGUCUGCCACCAUUUUAUCCAUCCUUACUGUAGCACUCCACAUUCUGCUGUUUUUUUUUUUUUUCUCUUUUGUUUUAUUUCUUAUUUGUAUUUCAGUUAGUUUAAAAAAAAGAUCCUUGGUCUUGAACAAAGAAAAUGAAUAAAAUUAUUGCAAAUUAUGUAUGAAACUUGUGAAAACUGAAAGCAAAGUGUUCCUUAACAGCUCAGGUAUCUAAUCCUGCUCUGCAUAAAUUAGUUGUUUUUUUGUUUUUUUUUCAAUAAUCUUUUUUCUCAGUUGCCUCAUGUAGAAUCAGAAACCCCACAGUUCAAUCUAUAGCAGUAAAUCUAUAGAUACUAAACGCAAGGGAAGGCCUUUUAAUUGAUUUUGCAUAUUUCAGUAGCCAGGCAGUUCAAAGUGCUGUAUAUAUUAAAACACAGGGAAAAUUAUAUUGCUAGAUAGGUAAAAAAGGGAUAAUGAUUGAUAAUAAAACGAACAAAAGUUGGAUUACAAACCUAAACUGCUAAUGUUAGGUAGCACAGUCAAAAGCCAUUAUGUUUUUAAUCUCAAUUUAAAGCAAUUGAGGGCUUCAGCACUCUUACAGUUUUCUAGCAGUUUAUCCAGUUUAGUGGAGAAUAAGAACUACAAGCUGCUCCAUGUUUGGCUCUGAAGAUUUAUGCCAGAGGACCUGAGAGGUGUGGGUGCUCUGUUCUGAGAUAUAGGGAGCCAGAGGAAGGACUGAAGGCCGAGCUGAUGUGCUCCACUAUCUUAGUUUUAGUGAAGAUGUGAGCAGCAGCUUUCUGAAUCUUCUGCAGCUGUUUGAUCCACCUACUUUUUUGGUUUUAAGUGAUAUCUUUGUUAAAGGGAUAACAUUUUCACAAACCAUGUGAUUUCUUGUUUUGUUCCUAAAUAUCUCUUUGGCCAUUGUAAGAAAACCAAAUUUGUCCAGUGUUCUGUAAUAACUUUUAUCAAAAGUAGGACCAGUCAAUUUUUUUCUCGUUUGUUAUUUAAGUUAAGCUCACGGUUUUCAGAUCAACAGUAAACGUCAGACCAAAAUAGACUUUCUUUUUUUUUUUUUGAGUUUUUUCUCUCUGUGUACAAAGGACCUUUAUUUUUUAUAGUUGAUACUCUGCAAACAGAAAAUGAGAUUAGAGAGAGGGGAAAAGUAUGCCGUAAAGGUUAUCAAAGCAGAACCUGCGACCUCCCCCUUGAUGACUAACGCCUACGUUCAUGAGUUGCACAUAAUUGUCAGAAAAUUUCAAACUAGAGUUGCCGUUGAACACUGAACAAAUGUAAGCAAAAACAUCCAUUUCGAACAACAUCCAUUAUUUCUAUCAUUUGUACUAUGUUAGGCUUUUCCAUGCAUUUAACUGUAGGUUUCUGUUCACUACAUCAUCUGUAUGGUGUCUAAGGCUGCAACUAACAAUUAUUUUGCAAAUUGAUUGAUCUGUCGAUAAUUUUUUUGUCAAUUAAUAAUUGGAUAGCCAAAGGUUACUUAAAGAAGAUUUUUUUUUUACGAAAUUAACCAGUUGAACCUGAAACAAUUCCAUUCAAGGAGUUCUGGAUAGAGCAU